AUGACGAUGGAGCACCAGCGAUAUCUUCUUCAUCUCCCAUUUGAGCUGAGGGACAUGAUUUGGGCAUGUUCAGCUGCUACCGCCGAUGCUAACGGACUCAUGCGGUGCUGUCACCAGACACGAGACGAGUUCUCCCGCCACUGCAACCUACCCAACGACAUCACCAAACUCGUCAAGCUCAGCAUAUGGGUAGACUCUACUUAUAUCCAUGGGUCUUGGCUCAAGUUUGAGUACUUCUGGGAAGCAAAGUGUCAUACUUAUCGCGCUAUUGAAACAGUCCGCGACCUGGACGAUCCAAUUGCUCAGAGACUGCUCGAGAUGACCUACGCCGAGGAAAUUGUGGUACACUUUCAGGCCCCUAGACGAGGCCACUUUGUCGGCGCACUGCUCACGAUGCUUGCGAAGGCAGAUGAUGUCUACCAUCUCAUCAGCAACAUGUCCAAGGACACUGCUACCACGGACCCGAGCAACAUCACCAUCCGUUUCUCGACCGAACCAGUACAGCCAGGCCAGUCGGAGAAGGAGGCCAAGAACUUCUGGGAGUGUCGCUCCACGAAGGUUCUGCGGGAAAGCAUCAGAAAUCACAUUUUCCAUGACAACUACUCGAUGCCAUGCUUUUACGAGUACUUCCUAAUCAACCACCCGGUCACAUUCGCACAUCCACCCAAGAUGGAGUUUUGUUCUUGGCCACGUGCUCGCGCCCAUAUUCAGUCAACAAAGAAGCGCUGCCCUACAGACGUUGGAUUCAUGGUCCGGGAAACAGGCCAGAAGGAGUCCUUGAAGUACUUGGCGAAGUUUCGAGAUUUCCGCGAUGAGCUUACCGUCUACCCGGCCAAGAUGAUGACCGAAAUGCGGAAUCAAGACAAUCCAAAUGACCAGACCCACAGAUAUUGGGAGGCAAAUGAUUACGGUGCAGCGAACCUAAAGUACCGAUUCCAGUUCUUGCUCGACAACCUCGCAGGGCCGGUGGGUGGCUGUCUAGAUAUGCUGCGCUUACAUCGGUUCAGGACCAUGGGCGCAUCCGAGGCCAACUUCUUCGCCCGAGAGGAACAGACGGCAUUGGAGAAAUUCGCGUCACUUGCUGGAGCAGCAUCCGAGAUUAAUAAUCGUCUCAAGAUACUGUUCAACCCCCUUGCCUCCAAGGAUAUUCGAAAGCUCCGGACGAGCUGCCCUCAUCUGUCGGCCGUGCCAUGGACCACCGACCCCUCGGCUGAAGCAUCUCCUCGGCAGUAUUGCCCCCGUUCUGAGUGGCUUAAGAAUUAUCCAAAUGGGAUACGGUAUAGUUGGAACGGCAGGAACCUGGCUGAAUGGCGUUUUCAGUGGGCAACUUCCGAGUGCGAGGCGAGGGAUCCGGAUAUCGUCUGGCUUAACAAAUGGUGGGACUGCUUGUCAUGUUGCGAGGACUCUGCAUGUGCCAUGGGGACACUCUCCCUCCGUUUCGAGUGCAAGGUCUCGAGCAACUGGGAUGAAUUCUUCCACAGAUCUCCUCACAACGGUCUGGGGGCAUGGCAUUGCUGCUGCCGUUGGGAUUGCCAGUACCUCUACAGGCCAGUUAUGGUUAGGCGUCAGUGUAUUCGAAAGGUUGAGAAGCCAAACCAGAGGCUUGAGAUCGGGGGGCUGCGCUACCACUGCUUGGCCGAGGAAUGUCGAGAGUAG